AAAAGGCUCCUUUUCGGGGGGCUCGUCCUAUAAAGUUUGGUCACGUGCUCAAAACAAACUAGACGUCAGUAAUCCAGCAGAUCGCCUUGUGUAUUUUCGAUACUAUCACCUUUUCGUUAAGCUUUCACUGUGUUAUAAGAAGAAGAGAUAAAAAACAACAAGAACCCCAGAACACAGAAAUGGAUUUGUGAAGAUUUGAAUUUAGGCCUAGUAUGAAUUUUUCAUUCGCGGGAUGUGGAUUUUUGGGGAUUUACCACGUUGGUGUGGCAAGUUGCCUCAAACAACAUGCACCACAACUGAUCGAAAAGGCGACAUUUUUAGGAGCUAGUGCUGGUGCCCUUGUGUCUACCUGUUUGAUGUGUGGCAUUGAUAUAGGUGAAUGUACAAGCUUUGUUCUACGUCUUGCCACAAAAGCCCGUUCCAAAGCUCUCGGUCCUUUACAUCCAAGUUUUGAUGUGUCGAAAAUUCUGAGAGAUGUAUUGGACUCCAUAUUACCGGACAAUGCACACGAGAUUGUCAAGGGUCGUUUAUAUGUGUCAUUGACUAGGGUCAGUGACCGACAACCAGUGCUGGUCUCAGAAUUCCAUUCCAAAGCUGAUCUGAUUCAGGCCCUUCUGUGCAGUGCACACGUCCCACUUUACUCAGGGCUGAUACCGCCUGCAUUUCACGGAACAAGAUAUGUUGAUGGCGGUCUGAGUGACAACCUCCCCAUUCUGAAUGAUGAGACAAUCACUGUUUCUCCUUUUGCCGGAGAAAGUGACAUCUGUCCAUCAGAUAAUUCAGCAAACUAUGACCACGUCAUACUGGCCAACACUAGCAUGCAACUGACAACAAGGAAUCUCUACAGAAUCUCUAGGGCCCUGUUCCCACCCCACCCCUCCAUACUUAGUGACAUGUGUACUGAAGGAUUUGAUGACUGCUUAAAGUUUCUACAGAAAAACAAUCUGAUUUCCUGCACACGUCACCUGAGUGUCAAGUCCACCAUCCAACCUGUACAGAGCUCUUAUCAGCUCAGUGCCUUGGAUACAGAAGGGGCAGAGGAGGAGGAAAUGUCUGGGGAAGAUGAGGAUCCCCAUGGGGAGAACUGCCAGGAAUGCAGACAGAAAGUUCAGGGGGCCCUGACUGACACUCUGCCUCCAACUGUGGCACAUGCCUUCCAAGUGGCUUGUGAUUCUAUGAACAAAGGCUUCCAGUCCUACAUCCAGAGACACAGGGCACUACGACUAGCUGCCAUUAUGGUAGCACCAUGGUUUUUACCUGCAGAUAUUAUUUACAAUUACACACUCAGAGUAAUGGAAUACUUGCCCUCUUUGCCAAAUGAUGCUCGACUAAUGUAUCAGGAAGCCUUGACCUUGUUGCACUACCUCCUUCAGCAGUUCCAACAAAACAGACGACAGUACAGUGCACGAUUUACAUGCCAGCUCGCCAUCACAGAGAUUAAUUACGGAAAUCCACCUAGAUUACCAGCUUCAUUAAAAACCAGUCCUUAUCAACCGGAGCCCAAGAACCCUUCAGUCCGAAACUUAAACAUUGGCUUCGCUGUUGACUUUGAAACAGAAUCCAAGGACCCUGUUCAUUCCGUUGCAAAUCUUGGAAAACAUCUAAAUCAGAUGGACAUAAAUAGUUUAGAGAUGCGGUCGGAAGGAUUGGGAGGAAACGUCCAUCUGAAUACAACUGGUGAUCACAUAUCAGACCAGUUGUUUGACACUUUUGAACAGUGCUUACAUAUCUCCAAUGAGAUGGAGUCGGUGAUGGCAUAUUAUUACAAGGAUGAGUAUAAUGGACAGUGUUACAAUAUGCAAGAAAUCUUCGAUAUAGACAAUGUGGAUAUUAGAUUGCCUAGUCCCACUGAACUGUCUCCAAAUGAAAAUUUACCAGUUUCUAACUGGCACAGCUAUCUAGAAUCCAAACCCGACAUUGAGAAUGAGGUUGGAGACAGAAUACAGGAAGUCUUAGCUAUACCAGAAGUACAAAAUAGUGACCACAAUGGUACAAACGCCAAGGCCGAGGUUGUUGAAACUAGUCAAACCUUGAUUUGAAUGUUUAUUUAUUAAUUUCAUUUACAAGUCUUUGUAAGCUAAAAUGGACUUAUGUAAUCAUGCUAACAUUCUGCCUCUUAGCUUCGUAGUAUCACGUUUUGAAGCUGUAUUACUGCUUUCAAAAUACAAAUGAAAGAAGGAAUGGUACUGUAUUAAAUGGGUGCUUUUUAUUUAGUGCCAGUUUCUGUGUGUAUUUAAACCUGAAAUUUCACCACCAGCAUCUCAAUCUUUUAGGAAGCUAAUGGAAUUUUUUGUAACCACUAUAAUUAUUUCUUGUUCCAAGUACAUGUAUAUUUUUGCAUUGUUUCUACAAAUUAUGUUCAUGACUUGAUAUUAAAGGAAAAAAAAUUGAAGAAAAAAACCCCACAUACAUGUGCCAAAUUCUGUGUGUUUUAAUAGUAUGCAUCUACAUUGUAUAUGAUGUGAACAAAGUUGUUUUAUAAACUACAUGUAAAUUUUUGUAUUUUAUCUGAGCAUUAUGCCGACUUCAGAUUUUAGAAGAUAAUCUGUAUUUUCAUUUUAGGAGAUGUAUAUUUGUCAAAGGAUUCAUGUCAUAAACCAUUUACCAAAACAAAUAAUGAAACAUUGAACUUGUACCUUACCAGUUGCAGUUCAGAUUUAUUUUUUGUCCAUGACAGAUUUUUUUAUUCUUCCAACAAUGAACUUGGUGCUUCUCUGUAUAUACCAAUAAAGUAAGUACCCUGGCACAUCCAUAUGACUUGUGUUCAUUCUUACCUCAUUUUCAAUUGGGUACAUGCAUCCAAACAUUCCUGUACUACAUGUAUAACUUUAUGUAUAUCUUAUUAGUAAACUAGCUAUCUGUAUUUUACACACAAGCAAUGCAAAUUAAUUUUUCUGUUUUUGUUUCUCACAAAUGUGUGUAGACUGUAUGCAAUAUUGUAUGAUAAGUAGAUGUAAUCUGUGUGUAGAGAUUGUUUAGAACCAGGUAUUGAACUAGAGUACUUUUAGUUGUAGGUGUGUAGAACUUGUUUAGAACCAGUUAUUGAACUGAAGUAUUUUUAGUUGUUGUAAGUGUUACAUAUGGUUUAUAUCUAUUGUAGAAACCCUUUUAGUUGUUAAUAGAUAUUGUACUACAUUAUGUAUUGUGUUUCACCCAUUAGUUCUUGUAUUGGACAUUUCUUUGUUAUUUAUUUUAAAACUGUACAUCAGGGCAAUAAUCAUAUUCACAUUUAAUACUGGAAACAGAUUGUUACAAAAUAAAAAAAAUAAAAAAAAACACUCCCAAAUACUGUAUCUGUUUUAAUUUGUUGUUGCCUAAAAGAUCAGUCCCUGAUUAAACAUUAAAUGCUGUUUGAUUAAAAUGACUUUCUGGAGAUGA